UAGAAUCACUACCGAAACGCUCCCAUUAUGACAUCACAAGAACCUCCCCAGAAGACUGAGUCUAUACUCAUCAUCGGAGCAGGCGUUUUUGGCUUGUCUACUGCAUGGGAACUCGCUCAACGCGGCUACCAUAACAUCACAGUGGUAGAUCGAUAUCUACCUCCUGUGCCUGAUGGUAGCAGCGUCGAUGUAUCAAGGAUCAUCCGUAUUGAUUAUGCCGACUCAUUAUAUGCCCAGAUGGCCCGUGAAGCCUACGCAGAGUGGUGCACCACGUUCGCCGACCACUAUUUUGGAUCUGGUUUCGUGCAGCUUGCCAAACGUUCUGGCAAUGCCUACAUAGAGGAGAGUCAGAAGACCAGUCAAGGCCUAGGCCAGUCGACUAUCGAGUAUCCGGAUGCAGAAGCUGUCCGCAAGGUGUACCCCAGCAUUCAGGCAAAUCUUGACGGACUCAAAGCUUACAACAAUCCACGUGGCGGCUGGGCAAAUGCGGAAACAGCCAUACGAAAACUAGCCACAAAUUGCAGUGCAGUGGGAGUCUCUUUCAUCACUGGAAGCAGGGGCAGGGUCAUUUCUUUGAGAUACGAAGGAAAGUCUGUGGUUGGUGUCAACGUAGCUGAUGGAGGUCGACUAUUGGCAUCUCGAGUCAUUCUAUCCACUGGGGCUUGGACGAACACACUUGUACCCAUAGAGUCAGCAAGCACUGCAUCUGGUCAGCCGGUCGGUUUCAUUCAGCUCACACCCGAAGAAGCCAAAUCUAUUGAGAAGAUGCCGGUAAUCAUCAACUUAAGCACUGGCGUAUUUUGCUUCCCACCAACACCCGAGACUAACUUACUCAAAAUCGCCCGUCAUGGAUAUGGAUUUGCUACGAAAGCGCCUGUCGCAUACGGAAACAAUCUCGUCUCCACACCGAGAAGUGAUAAGAGCAACGCCGAGAGCUCCUAUCUUCCGGAUGAUGCAGAUGACGCGCUGAGAGAGGGUUUGGGUCAACUAUUACCACAGUUCGCCAAUCGCCCUUGGCUACGUCGUCGUCUUUGCUGGUAUUCUGACACCCCCGAGGGCCAUUUCGUAGUCGAUCAUCACCCUGAGAUCGCUGGGCUUUUCUUGGCCACCGGUGGAGCCGGACACGCGUUCAAAUUCCUCCCUGUAUUGGGAAGAUAUAUCUCGGAUUGUUUUGAGAAUAAAGCGUCAGAAGAAUUGCGUCAGAAAUGGAGAUUACGUCUCCCAAAUGGUCAGAGUGUAGCUGCUAAGAAAGGGGACGGAAGUCGUGGUGGACCCCCAUUACGAGUGUUAUCCAAACUUGAGCAGGCCAAAUUAUAG